GGCACUUGACCUUUCCCGGGUUCACCAGCAGUAUUUAAACUGGUGCAAGGCAACAUACUUGCAAGUGUCUUCUGUUGUCAUGACAGAUUCUCCUGCUAGUUCACACAAUGUUCAAAAGGCACAAGUCCCUUGCUUCGGAACGCAAGAGAGAAAUAUUUUCCCGAGGAGUUACACGGUCCAUGCUGAAGAAUGACUUGAGAAACUUUCACUGUUUGUCUCAACUUGUGCUCUCAGCAGGCCCUCUAAAAUCAGCUCCAGUAGUUAAACAUUCAAAAUCUGCGCACUUUGAGAUUGAAAUACUUGAUGCUCAAACAAGAAAGCAGAUAUGUAUUGUGGAUAAGGUGGUGCAAACAUCUACUAUUCAUGAUGUUAAACAAAAAUUCCACAAAGCAUGUCCAAAGUGGUAUCCUUCCCGAGUUGGCCUGCAGCUAGAACGAGGUGGGCCUUUUUUGAAGGACUACAUAACCAUUCAAAGCAUUGCAGCUUCCUCCAUUGUCACUCUCUAUUUUACAGACCUAGGUCAACAGGUCAGUUGGACUACAGUAUUUUUGGCUGAAUACACAGGACCUCUGCUGAUAUAUCUCCUCUUUUAUUUGAGGAUCCCAUAUAUAUAUGAUAUGAAAGAGAGUUCUAGAAGAUUCCGUCACCCAGUGGUACACUUGGCUUGCUUCUGUCAUUGUAUACACUAUAUCCGAUAUCUUUUGGAAACCUUAUUUGUUCAUAAAGUUUCUGCAGGACAUACACCUUUGAAAAAUUUGAUAAAGGGCUGUGCCUUUUAUUGGGGAUUUACUUCUUGGAUUGCCUACUACAUUAAUCACCCACAGUAUACACCACCAUCAUUUGGAAACCGGCAAGUCACAGUAUCUGCUAUCAAUUUUUUGAUUUGUGAAGCUGGAAAUCAUUUCAUCAAUGUAAUCUUGGCUCAUCCCAAUCAUACAGGAAUUAAUGCCUGUUUUCCAAGUCCAAAUUAUAACCCCUUCACAUGGAUGUUUUUCCUGGUUUCAUGUCCUAACUACACUUAUGAGAUUGGAUCAUGGAUUAGUUUCACAGUCAUGACACAAACACUGCCAGUUGGGAUUUUUACACUUCUGAUGAGUAUCCAGAUGUCUCUGUGGGCACAAAAGAAACAUAAGAUUUAUUUGAAGAAAUUCAAUUCUUAUGUGCAUAGAAAAUCAGCAAUGAUUCCAUUCAUACUGUAGGAAAAAAUAUAUAGAAGAAAAGUAUAUAAGCUCAAUAAAUCAGACUUGGGCAAUUGUUGACUAUAAUGCAACAGAUUUUCAAAAACUACAGUACUUUUACUGAGUAUAAAUAUUAAAUGGUAUCAUCUAGCUAAAUUUAAAGGAAUAAACCUGAGACAAAUAAAAAGAAGAAACCAUAAAUAUGGGACUAAUAAAAAAUAGUAUCCAAUAUCUUUUCAAAGGAUUGGUCCUUAAACAAGAUUUUCUUACUUCAUUAAAUAUUUCAUAAUACUAUUUGCUUAAGAUAAUUAAAAUACCUGAAUUCUAAAGUAAAAAAAUUGUGACAUUUAAGUCCCUUGAAUUUUACACAUUUUGAUCGUAAUUUAUUAUUUUCUUUAUUGUUCAACAUGUUAUUGAGAAGUAUAUUUCAAUUUCUUGUGAAAAUUCUACCUAUAUUAAAAGUGAAACAUGUAA